UGAUUAUAAAAGUCAAGAACCCACAACCAAAAGAUAAGUGCACUGUAGUACAUUCAGAUUUGUUGCUACAGUCAGGAUGCACAGAACAUGAAUGGCGCUGGCGAGGGCAAGAACGUCGAGGAUUGGGUGAUCGUGGUAUUGCUGUCCGCUGGAAGCAUGGUGCAAGUGGAAAGCAAAAUAAGUCAAUUUUGCCGUCUGAAGGAUUCUCUGAAGACACUGUAGGUCUUGAUAUUUCUCUACAGAUAUUCAAAUAAAGCAGGAAACAAAACAAUUGAAAUUUUGAUUUAGUAUUUGGAUUGAAAUUUUUCUUUAUUUUCAUGCAAGUAGGGGAGGGGCAAUUCACGCAAAAAGCGUAUGAAACCAGUUUUUAGGUUAGUAGAAACCACUAAUUUCCUAAAAAGAAAGUUAAGUUGUAUUUUUAAAAUGUUCAAAUUCACAUGUGAUUGGUUAGGCAUUAAGCUAGAUUUGAAUUAUAAUGGUUCUUGUUAUAGUUUAAUCUGCUUUAAAACAAUUAAAAGAGAAAAUUUAUUAAUAGUUUCAAUCAGUGUCACCACCAAGGGUGUAAUCCCAUGCAAAGAACAAGGGGGCUCAAACGUAAGAAUUCCAAAUUUUGAGUACAAAUCUGUCUACUUCAUCUUGUAACCCCCCUUGGUGCAACUUAAAAAUUCAACAUUAAAAGAAAAAAAUACUUCGAUUGAAUGACUGAGAGAAUCAAUUUAUGAAUAUCAAUUGUAUGUUGUAGGUAGCUGUUUUUUCAGACUCCCAACUUAGACCGAUUGUUCAAGGAGAAGUUCGUUGCCCGAGCAAUUGGUACGUGAAUAGUACACCGGGUGGAACCUUUAACAAUGUUGCUUGCGAGGUACGAAACUGCCAAGUGUCAAUCAUUCCAGGCCGCAUUGUGUUCCUAGUUGGAACAAAUGACAUGAUGCAACAUUUGAGGAUGGAAAGAGUAGAGAAAGACUUUUUUAAUUUGAUUGAAACUGCCAGGAGCCGUUUUCCUGAUUCUGAGGUAAGAUUAGAAGCCAAUUUCCAAUGUGAAUUCCAGUUGGAAUGUAAUAGAGCACUCUGUUACAUCCUUUUUCUAAUGAAAGGUUUCCCUUAAGUGUAAAUAGAACAAGCUGUAAAAAACUAAGCAGUAAAUUAGCAAGUAAAUUAGCUCUUGAUGAUUUUAGAAAUUCUUCUUUCCACCUAUGUGUUGAGAAUGACUUUAAUAGCAUUUUCUAUUUGCAGGUAUUUUUCGUUUCAAUUUUACCUCGUUUGGACGAAAUCGAUGUCAGGAGGGACAUGUACAACAGUGCUUUGAAGAAGCUUUGCGGAGCAUAUGCUGCACAUUAUAUUGACGUGGCCAACUUCUUUAAUAAAUGGGACAGAGAAUUAUGGAGCAAGGCAGACAGUAUUCAUAUCAGUUCGAAUCAAGGAGUACCUUUGCUUAUUCAAGAAGUCGUCAGCUCUUUGAUGAGGUCUGCCGCUGCACCGGAAAAGCCUGUUGUAGUGAAUCGACCAUUCUGUCCGGAAUGGCUCUGGCGCGAGUUGAAACAUCAUAACUCACUUGGACGGCAAGUAGUGGAAAAGGUGCCACGCGAAGAAGAACCUGUCAAAUCGUUCCGACCUCGUCGUCACAGCUUCAAGCGGAAGCGACAUGUUGUGCAAACAUCAGCUAAAAAAUCAUUGCCAAAAGUGGAUGUGAAAAAAGGGGUCAUACUCCUAAAUUCCGUUCAAGUCAGUUGGAAAUGCCUUUCCAACCUUUACCGGCCUAUACAGGAUGUCAGGACAUCAGCCACCUCCCUCGCCUCCAAAACAGGGAAACCAAAGAAGAAAAACAAAAAAAGACAGGAUAACGUCAGCGGGGACUCUCAGGUAUUCUUUCAAAAGCAAGAAUGCUGGUAUCGUGAAGAAAUUUUGUGAACCUGAUAAACUUUUGAAUAUGAAAUGUAUGUUAAGAUGUUUCUUGGCAAUGCAAAAACUUUACCUUGUGAUUUACAUCUACAAAAUCUUACGAGAAUUCUUUCCA